CAGGGGAAUGUUUCAUAUAAAAGAUAUUUCAUAAUGGAUUUGUAUAGAGUGUUUUCUUUGGUGUGAUGUAUGAGUUCAGACAGGCCAGGUGAUGAUGCGGGCGGAACAGGACUUGCGUAAGUGUGUUUAAAUGAUCUUUCUGUCUUCAUUCACUGUCACUGAUGUUUCCACGAUGGAGCUGAAAGCCACUUCUCUCCUUCUGCUCACGUGUGUCGCCAUCAUCAUCCUCACCGAAGCUAGUACCAAUGCCAUUCCCACAUGCUGUCUGGCUGUGACCGGGAAAAUCCCACGGCAGAAACUGCAUCAUGUCAAGAGAUACGACACACAGAGCAGAUCUGGCCGCUGUGAGAUCGAUGCACUGAUAUUACACAUCGGAAAAAGAAAGAUCUGUGCUCAUCCCAAACUGAGGAAAGUCUUGGACAAGAUCAUGAAGAAUCGCAAACACAAGCGACCUUGAAUAAUCGAGGAUCGUCUCUAUAAU